AUGAGAAAGAGCUCCCCAGACUCAAACACUUUUUUUCGACACGUUUUCCCUUUCAAACUCUCAAAAUACACAAUGCAGCUGUCUGUUUCUCUCGUCGCCCUCCUGGCCGGCCUCGUCGCCGCACAGCCCAUGACUUCUGGUCUCAAGAGCCGGGGCACGUUUGCGCUCGAGAUGCGCGAUGGAAUCGAGGACUGCACCACCUGGUGCUGCAUCUGCGGCGACAGCACGGUGGCAUGGUGCGCUGGCUGCCACUAA